CCCUGUUGCCCCUUUCUUCUCGUUCUUUCCGAACUGAAUUUCGCAUCGUUAGGAGGUUCUUUUUUUAGUUUUUGGGUUUUGCUAAUGUUUCUUUUGUUUCGAAAAUCUUUAUACGAGCGAUUUUUAUGUGUCUCUCUCUCUUUGGGUCUCUGUCUGGGAGUCCAUUCUGACGUUCCACCCAAUAUAAAAUGUCUUUGCUGGGGCACUUGUUGAGCCAUUUAAUAGAGCCGCUCGCCCAGCGACACACCAGAGAAAGCAGCAACCGAAUCCACAGAGCAUUAUGUCAAUGAAGUUGGUAGCACUAUUGGCCAUUGGCCUGGCUGUCUUAGCCAUCAGCGAGGCUCGUCAUGUGCCCGGUCACCGGCAUCGUCAGCAGUUUGAGCAGCGUGCUUUGAUCUCGAAGCCACAUGGUGGUCCGCAGAGUCGCGUCUUUCCCGGCGCUGUGGCCAUCAAGAAGUUGGUGCUGCUGAAAUUCAAGAAGAUCGUGCCCAUCUCUCUGAUCCUGCUCAAGUCCAGCAAUGAGAAUGAGGCCGAGCUGGUGCCCGUCUAUCCCACCGAUCAGAUACCCGAAAAUGUGCAGUUCAUUCCCACACCCAAUGGCAUCUCGGGCCACAAGGAUGUCCAAGCCAUUGCCAUACCCAGCGAGCUGCACGAUCAACUGCAGAUCAAUGGCCUGUCCAAUCUGGAGAACAUUGAAGCGCUGCUGCAUAGCAGCUCCAUCACGUCCGCGGACAGCGAGGGUGAAUCUGCUGCCGUGGGCAACAGCAUUGCCGUUGCACAGCCCGAGGAUCUGGUGCUCGACCAGCCCGAGAACGAUGAGGAUCAGCUUCUUGAUGGUGCGGCAGCACCAGCAUCCGUUGCCCCCCUGGCAGCGUCCGCUCCCGGCCUGCGUCGCCUGUCCGCCGAUGAGCUGCUACGCUCCGGUGUCCGUAACUCGGCACAUCUGCAGCAGACCAGCGUGGAGGAGAUUCCCCUGCUGCUAUACUCGGCCAACGAUGGCUCCAGCUCAGUCUCAGUCUCGGGCUCGGGCUCGGGCUCGGGCUCCUCUUUCAGCCAGGGACGCCGCUACGUGGCUGCCACUCCAGCGCGUCGCCGUCAGCAGCAGUUCUACAACUAAGCAGAACCUCUGCCUCGCCUGCUGGCUGCCUCCUUCCUCCUGCCUCCUUCCCCAUAGACUUAAGCACUUUUCCCCGGGCUUGGAUCCUCCGCCUCUCCUCACU